AUGUCUUCUCCCGACUCUCCAAACACACAACAGACCAAUAAUAAGAAGCCAUCAUCCCUCGCUGUAAUAUCUUUGAUCACAGUCCUUGUCGCCAUAUCAAUUGCGUUUCUUCUGAGUUACGCAACCAAUAAUAUCGAUCCCAACUCCAACUCUACCGCCAAUCUGUUCCAACUCAGACAGUUUUUCAGACCAACUUCUUCCUCUUCCUCUGGGCUCAUCACCACUGCAGGAAAGGAGUCUUUGAAAUCAGCGAUAGCAAGUCAGCCAUACCAGAAGCAGAAGUUUGAUCCUGUUAAAAAAGAUAAGAUGAGGACUCCUGUUUACUUUUUGAGUCAUGGAGGACCUUCUAUCAUGUAUGAUGAUAAACACCCGGCGUAUUCCAAACUUGCCCAGAUCGGCAGGGAGAUUACGACUAAGGUAAAGCCACGCGCUGUUGUGGUCUUCUCGGCUCAUUGGCAGGCUGGUCGGGAUACGGUGCAGGUUAAUACUGCCGAGAUUACGGAUUUAAUAUACGAUUUUUACGGCUUUCCGAGCCAUUACUAUAAGGAGAAAUUUCCCAAUGUGGGAAGUAAGGAACUUGCCGAGAAGGUUCUUGGUUUGCUCGGCAAGGUGGGCAUCAAGGCAGAAGGCGUAAAAAGAGGAUUGGAUCAUGGGGUGUGGGCUAGUUUCAAAUGUGCCUUCGAGCCUGAUUCCAAUCCUCUCAAUGUUCCAAUUGUGCAGGUGUCUCUGUUCAAGUCGGAGGACCCUAUCCAGCAUUAUCGGCUGGGACAGGCGGUGUCUGAGCUGCGCGACGAGAAUAUCUUGAUUAUCGUCUCCGGGAUGGCGGUGCAUAACCUCCGCGACUUGCAGUUUACCCGGGGGGAUCCCAAGCCGUUACCGUACACGGCUAGUUUUGACGAGGCGCUCAAGGAUGCUGUCACGACAGCACCGGCUGAUAGAGAAAAGGCCAUGGCUGAUCUGCUGAAGCGGCCGGAUGCCCGACAAGCACAUCCGUACUUCGAUCAUUUGCUUCCCAUCCAUAUCGGGGCGGGUGCUGCCGGGGAUGAUCUCGGAAAGAGACUCUGGACAUUGAAAGAGGGUAGUAUGAGCUGGGCACAGUAUAGAUUUGGCGAGGUGGCCAACAGUAGUAGCUUCUUGUAA